CCCAAAACACGAGGGGAUCUCGUCGACUCGUAAAAAAUGUUCCGAAUCCUUUCCUUCUGCAGAACUCUCACAAAAUCUAAACAAUUACUCUGAAAAACCACAAGCCAAUCCUUGACUACCUACUACAACCAACAACCAUCCAACAUGAAUACCAUGAAUCUUUGCAUUGCUGCCAUCCUUUUCGUCACUGCUGUGGGGAGCGCCCAAGCCUUGAUCUCUCCCGCCGUGACCUGCUGCGAGGACAACGGGGGCAAGUAUGAGAUAGUGAACGGCAGCGACGGCCAGUCCGGGAUCUGCCGGAAGGACGGGGUCAGCACCGAGGCCUUUUACUUUAUGGACCAGAACUGCCCUCCCCCACCGACGCCAGCCCCGUCUAGCACGCCAGCCGCCGCAAAGUAUUCGGUCUACGCCGUCAACAACUGCGACGCCACCGUCACCGCCGAUUUUGUGCUCCGUGCGAGCAGGAGACUGGGCGGAAAUCGCAAUGGCCGGGUCGAGGUCGAGGAGGGACAAUGCACCUACGUGGGUCCCACGAACCUGGACGUUGUGGCCUACACCAGCGAGGGGAGCUAUAUCAGCAGUGGGAACGAUUCCUGCCUGAACAUCGGAGAUUCCAACAACUCGGAUUGCAACUUGCUGGGCAUUGCAGAAAAUGCCUGCGUCAUCAAUCUCUGCUAAGGUCUAGUUCUGCCAGGGUGACACUGCACUAUGAUCAUACAAUACACAAUACAGAUAAAAUAGAUUACAAAUAAAGUGGCGAUACUACAAAAAUAGGAUUAAAACAAAUUAGGAUUA